AUGAUUUUGUGGCGGCAUAUCGGGCUGUUUUCCUCGUCUUUGGCCUUCCUCAAGAGUGACUUUACAGAUUGGGACUGCCGACGCGUGGAUUCAAAGCUUGUCCUGUGGAAUACGCUCCGGGAAGUUGCUGUUGCAGAAGCAGAUGCCGCGGAGUCUGCUCUAUUCACUGUCCCGAACCUAGUCUCUACAGCGAGUGAUUUCGAAACAUCCCCUGAAGCGAUUGAGACGCUGUUCUCUGAAUGCCCGCUGGGCACGAUCUUUCUUCUGGAGAUCGCGCUUGGCAGCUGCAUGUUGAAUCGUGGGCAGUACAGCUUCGAGCCGUGCGAAGCGACUGGAAAGAGAUUGAUGGAGUUCAUGUUUCAGCGGAAUGUCUCCAUAGCCGUGUUGCUCACAACGGUUUGGCCGAUCAAGCAGGCCUUUGACAUGGAAUUCGUGUACGAGUUUGGCACGGACACCGCCAGCCAAUGGCACACCUUCCAAAACGACCCGUUUCACAAGUGCGCAGGCAUGAGCGCAGGGUCGAAAGAGUGGGAGCUUCUCCAAGAUCUCAUUUGGACAGCGGUCAGAAGCGAACACAUGGUUUUUGCAAAAGUUCGUGACUUCAUUUUCCACGAGGACAUUCAGGACCUGGUGACCGACCAGCUGGAACAGCCACAAAGCUUUGUGCCCGAGUGUUUCUUGGGAUGGGUCGCCACGCUGCUUAUCAAAGCAAGCGUCACGUGGCAUAUGGAGUCGUUUGUAUACUUCUCCUACGAGCAAGUCCUGAAGGGAUACCUGGCCGAUUUGACAUUUUGGGAGUUCUUUGGUUCGACCUGGUUGCUGAGCGUGCUCCUUGGUCAGGUUUGCGUGAUGCAUCGCACCAUCAACGAGAUGGACUUCUGGGGAUCUGAGCUGCUCAAAGAUCCGCACAUCAACUCGAUUGGCUCUCUGCGCCUCAAGGCGUCGCCGAUUUUCUCCGCAACGGCCGCUGCCGUGCUGGGCGAGGGCGCGAGAGCUUACCGCGUGAAUGGAGAGAGUCGGCUUCUGACGUAUGCCGUGUACGUCUGGGGCGAGGCCUUCCUGAAGUGGCUUCCGGCGUACAUCAAACGCUUCCACAGUCUCGCAGUCUACAAUCUCAUGGUUUUCGGUGACACCGCCACGUACCAGGUUUGCUCUGCGAUCCAGAGGGCUGUUUGCCUCCAACUGGAUACGAAGAACUCUCUCCACCGCUAUACGAUUCCGUUGGCUCUCAUGAACCUGGGUGUGGAUGCCUUCAUCCUCGAUUUUGACAUCUAUCCUUUUCAGGAUCCAACACCCGUUUUGAUUUCUGAAUUGGAGAGCUACAGUGUCAUGCCGGAGUUUCUGAUUUCUGGCUCAUUCGGCGAUGCCUGCAUUUGCAAUGCAUUGGCGUUCUACCGGAGCACGCCUUCGCUUCGCGACUUCAUCCGCGGCUUGUUGGACUGGCUUUAUGAGCAUCCUUUCCCACAUGCUGUUUCGCAGAGGGCACUCUCUGCAUUUUUGGGGGAAUCACCCAUAAAGAAAAGGCAAAGCACAGGCCCCUUCUUCGUGAAAGCUGAGAGACUGGCCCCUUGGCUCCCCGACCGUGCUAGACCUGGAAUCGCUUGGGCUGUGCUAGAUCCAGGCGUGCAGUUUUCCUCGUCAGCCAACCUUGAAACCUCGGGCUGGGCAGGCGACGCAGAGGACAUUGUGAUCUAUCACUUCUUCUAUGGCGCUUGGUUGGAUGCCGAAGUUGCCAUGGCGAUAGACGUGAAAGACAGGGAAAUGUUCGAUAUCUUCUACAACACAAGCUGUGGCAAAGAGCCGCAGGUGUGUGAAGACCGUCGGAAUCAGAGGAUUCGGAAACACCUCGUUGCAAACAGGCGGGGAGAUGUACGCAAUCAUACAGAGCGAGCGUGCUUCUCGCUACCAUACUCUUCCGUUGAUCUGGAACCUGUGCCGAAAACUGGGCUGGGAAAAUUGAGCCGUGCCUGA